UUUUUUCUUUUUUUUGGGCUUCUCCUGAAUUCAAAAAAAAGAAAUUUGUUUUAUUACCAGCGCGUUUUUUUACCAUUACUUGUAUUCAAUAUUCUCUUUUUCUUUUGUCAGAACCUUCAUUCUUCUUUUAUUUUUUUUUAAUUUGAUUUGUACUAUUGUUCAAUGGAAUACCAUUAUUCACAUCCACAACCCCACCCUCACCAUCAACAUGGUGACGGGGGUUACUAUGCGCAGUAUCCUUCUUUGAAACAUAGGAACAGUAGCAUAUCAACGACCAGUUCUUCUGGUGCCGACACUAUUGCCGGUGCAGCCGCUGCAGCCGCUGCAGCCUCAGCUUCUGCAGCUUCCAAUCAUCCAAUGAUGAUUCAUCCAGAUCGACCCUUUUAUUAUUCGCCGUCGGCGGCCAACUGUACCAUACUGAAUGACCAGGAUCAAUACCCCACGCCGAAGGAUUUCCACGCUAUUGUCGAAGAGUAUCUCCAAAAUCUGUCUUCCAAAAAACGGGAUAAAGCUCUUGUGGGCAGAAAACGGUAUUCGCUCAUUCUUCAGGUUUUGAAGGAUCCAAGAAACACCGCCAUUUCCACUGCCCAAUUCCGUUUCUGGGUCAAGAAGAUGUUCCAAUUAGCUCCGAUCGAAACCGCAGAUAUCGUCUGUCAUGACAACAAACCCGUGGCCAUGCGAGAACAGAUUUACGAUAUCCUCGUAAGAGCUCACAGAGAAGCCCAUCAUGGUGGAAGAGAUAAAACCUCAGCCUUGGUCCGGCGUCGCUACUCUUGGAUCCCCAAGGAACUUAUUGCGCGUUUUGUACGACAUUGCCCUUUUUGUAUAUCACGACGUAAUGGAUGUCAAAGUCCGACGAUCAGCGGUGAUGGCGGAGGAAUGCCCAAGACUCCACCCGCUUAUGAACUGACGACGCGCACGCCACCCAUUGCUUUCAUGCCUCUCGAUGUGAAGCCAGUACUGAACGAGGAUGGCACCUUUGUCAUGCAGAAGAAUUGCAGAAAGAAUGCCUAUGAAGGCUGGCAACAACCGCCAUCCAUGACGCAUUCCUACUACCACUCGUCUGCCGCGGCGGCCACCACCACCACGAUGCCUCAUCCUUUGUCCAUGCCUUCGCAGCUUCCUAAUCCUGGUUCCUGCGCUGUGGCUUCCUCAUCGACUUGUUCAUCGUCAUCCUUUUUGGGUCCCUCAACCCCGUCUUCUCCUUUUGACACCUCCUCGUUUUACUAUGCACAACAGUCGGCCAACCACGAACCGUCGUCCAUGAAUUUCGCUCCUUCCUCGUUCAAUGGUUGCUACUUACCAGACUAUACUUCCUCAUCAUAUCCGAAUACCAUGUUGCACAAGCGUACCGAUUUGCCUUUUUCGGAUCAACCUGAAGAAUAUCAGUCAUCGGCAUCUUCCUGUUCCUCUGUGGCUAUCACGCCUCCACCGGCCACCGAGUUACCUCAAUCACAGAAAGCCGCCACCGAUGUGCCUUAUCCUUCCAUUUCGUCCUCCACUUCUUCCUCUUCAGCUUCAUCGCCCCCGGCCAAUGCAAAUGCCUACUACUACAUGCAAGAUCAGUCUUCCACCAUGCCAUUCGGUGAUUUCAUGAUGGACAAGUUCGCCUCUGACGGACGUCAGGAUGUGGCGAGUGCAGCGGCUGCUGCUGCUGCUGCUGCCAUGGUCGCCGCUUCUACCACUCCAUCCAAUGGUUCAACCAUGCAAUCCUACACCCUGACUCACAUGCCUAUCACAAAUACGCAUUGUGUGCCUCAGUCACCUUCUGGAUCUUCGGCAUCAUCCAUUACAUCUGCUUCAGGACCGUUGGAUCUUCCUUCCAACGCUUAUUCCUUCGUUUCACUUUCCAAUCAACACUAUCAGCAGUCUAUGGAUGGAUCUUCCUCACUUCCCGUCACCAACGAACAAUCUUUGAACCUCCUUUCCCACCAGCCACACAUCCUUUAACUGCCGUUAUCUUUUUGUGUUCCUGAGCGUCAUGCAAAAAGGGUAUAUUGAAUCCUCCGCCACCGUUGAUGUUGACCAUUCAAACCAAAAAUUACAAGAUCAAUCCAUUUUCAUCCUCAACCCUCUUUUUUCGUGAAGUUCAAACACCUUUUCGUCUCCCAUCCAAUCCUUUAUGCAAACAUCUUUAUGCCAGCCCUUUCUAUUAUCUUGGUCGUAAUUUUUUUUAUUCCUUGUUUCUGUUAUUAUUUUUGUGAUUUUUUUUUUUCCUUUGUUUCUCCCCAAUCGCUUCCACCACCCCCUUUUUUUUUUACCCUUUGUUGUUGAAAACGUACAUAUCGCCAUGACUUAAUUGUUAGUCCUUUCUAAAAAAAGAUCAAAGUGUAUGCAUUUUGCUUUUUUCUUAUUGUUUGCCAUGUAUUUAAAAAUGAUAAUCAAAAAAAUACUUGUUUUUUUCC